CUCACAUCCGCUCGACUCUUUUAUCCGCGCUGCUGGGAAAGGAAUCAGUGGUGAAACAGCAGCGAUGUCGGUGCAGGUUGUGACAGCGAAAAUGGCCGAGGUCGAAGUCAAAGACGAGCCUAACAAAGAAUUACCUGCCGGCUCCCCGGUGACACCGAGCUCGGAUGAUAAAACCCUUGCCAAAAACGUGCCACAUGACGUAGGCUCCUCUGCCACGACCCCCACGAUCGAGCCCUCCGUGAAGGCAGACCCGAGCCCGGGCUUGCUCACCCCGAACCCGGUGAAGAUGCCGCAGUCGUCGGCGAUGAAGCGGCCGGAGCCGCAGCAGAACGGCGGGGAUGCGUUUGUCAACCGCGACGGGACCGUAGCGGAAGCCCCCAGGAUGAAGAAGAUCCAGUUUGCAGACCAGAAGCAGGAAUUCAACAAGCGGCCCACGAAGAUCGGACGCCGUUCGCUGUCUCGCUCCAUCUCCCAGUCCUCCACAGACAGCUACAGCUCAGCGGCGUCGUACACGGACAGCUCUGACGAUGAGACCUCCCCGCGGGACAAGCAACAGAAGAACACCAAGGGCAACGGCGACUUCUGCAUCAAGAACAUCAAGCAGGCCGACUUCGGACGCCGGGAGAUCGAGAUCGCAGAACAAGAGAUGCCGGCCCUGAUGGCGCUGAGGAAGCGAGCCCAGGGGGAGAAGCCUCUGGCCGGGGCCAAGGUGGUGGGCUGCACCCACAUCACCGCACAGACCGCCGUCCUGAUGGAGACCCUGGCGGCUCUGGGGGCUCAGUGCCGGUGGGCCGCCUGCAACAUCUACUCCACCCAGAACGAGGUGGCGGCGGCGCUGGCCGAGGGAGGGUUCAGUGUGUUUGCCUGGAAGGGCGAGUCUGAGGAUGAUUUCUGGUGGUGCAUCGAUCGCUGUGUCAACCUGGAGGGCUGGCAGCCCAACAUGAUCCUGGAUGACGGAGGAGACCUGACCCACUGGAUCUACAAGAAGUACCCCAACAUGUUCAAGAAGAUCAAGGGCAUCGUAGAGGAGAGUGUGACCGGGGUUCACAGGUUGUACCAGCUUUCUAAGGCGGGGAAGCUGUGCGUUCCAGCCAUGAAUGUCAACGACUCGGUCACCAAGCAGAAGUUUGACAACCUCUACUGCUGCAGAGAGUCCAUCCUGGAUGGGCUGAAGAGGACCACUGACGUGAUGUUCGGAGGCAAACAGGUGAUUGUGUGUGGAUACGGAGAGGUGGGGAAGGGAUGCUGCGCCGCCCUGAAGGCCAUGGGCUCCAUCGUGUACGUGACGGAGAUCGACCCCAUCUGCGCCCUACAGGCCUGUAUGGACGGGUUCAGGCUGGUGAAGCUGAACGAGGUCAUCCGACAGGUGGACAUCGUCAUCACCUGCACAGGGAACAAGAACGUGGUGGUCAGGGAGUAUCUGGACCGCAUGAAGAACGGGUGCAUCGUCUGCAACAUGGGCCACUCCAACACCGAGAUCGAUGUGGCGAGCCUGCGGACACCAGAGCUCACCUGGGAGCGAGUGCGUUCCCAGGUGGACCACGUCAUCUGGCCCGACGGCAAGCGGAUAGUCCUCCUGGCCGAGGGCCGCCUGCUGAACCUCAGUUGUUCCACCGUCCCCACCUUUGUGCUCUCCAUCACCGCCACCACCCAGGCCCUGGCUCUGAUAGAGCUGUACAACGCUCCUGAGGGUCGCUACAAACAGGAUGUGUACCUGCUCCCCAAGAAGAUGGAUGAGUACGUGGCCAGCCUUCACCUCCCCACCUUCGACGCCCAUCUGACGGAGCUGAGUGACGAGCAGGCGAAGUACCUGGGCCUGAACAAGAACGGGCCCUUCAAACCAAACUACUACAGGUAUUAGACGACGGCGACGCAGAACCGAGGAAACGCAGAUACUCGACGAAUCGCACCGAGCCAGAGAGGAGGAGGAGGAGGAGGAGGAAGAGGAGAACAAAGCUUUACACACACACGCACACAAGGGGAGGUGUGUGUGUGUGUGUGUGUGUGUGUGUGCUUUGGGGGGAGGGGGGGGGGGGGGGGGGGGGGGGUACCGUGAGAGAUUUGUAAUGAGCAGAGGGAGGGUGGACGAGGCUGGGUUAUUUUACUGCUUUUCCGUCGUCAUACUAUUUAUUUACACUAGACGAUUACAGGAACCCUUGUCAAAGCUGCUCCAGAUGAUAUAGACCACCCCCCCCCUCCACCACCAUACCCCUCAGAUCAGUUUAUUCAAUCUCUUCACGUCUCCAACAUACGUGUGUCAAGUCUUGGUGAGCCCUUUCUAAUAUACUCCCUCAUUGUCCCGUUAUUUUUAAGAUCUUUUAGUUGGAUGAAUUUAAUGACAAUGAAGAGGAAAUAAAAGCUUAAACGUUGAUUUAUAUUCUGUGGAGGAUGAAGAGACCCUCUCGAGAUUUCAGUUUAUUGUCGUUUAUUUUCUCACCUUGAUUUUGUACUCGUGAUUUUGUCUCGUGAAUUCUCUUGUGAUACAAGGAGGGGGUGGGGCUUAACUCAAUGGGCGGGCUUAUGUGGGAUCUCAGGGUCCAAUCAUAUCUGUCCUUUUUUAUUUGAUAAUUUCAUUGAGAUUUACUGUUGGUCAUUUCGGUUGAUUUUCCGUUUUGUACGCGUUCUCUUGUCAUUUGCUUUUAGAGCGAUCCAGAAUGACUGGAAAAUUGCUGACCCCUUUUUGUUAUUCAGGUGGUCCUGCGUUCAUCUGUCACUCAACCUCAAAGGCUUUUGUGAUUGGUUCUUUCAAUUCCUCGCUUCCCAAAUGCUCAGUUGAUGCCAGUGUUGAAGUGAUUAAAACUAAGCGUUUAAAUUAUUAUUUUUUCGUUUUUCUUUGUUUGUUUUUUUAACACAGGGAACUUUUAUCCCUUCUUACCAAGCAUUAUUAAACUGUAUUAGAAGCAUGCAGGAUGCAAGAUCAUUACAAUGGGGUAUAUAUUUAGAUAUUUAUAUAGAAAUUACAAUUUUUUUUAAAGAUCAUUUUCUUUUUGUUUUGCUUUUCCUUUCGUUAUCCAAUAUUGUUACCUUAAAAAAAUUCUACUUCUAUGUCAUUAUAAAGAUAAGCAAUUUAAAUGUUCUAUGAUAAUUCUAUGUGUAAUAAAUGUAACACUCAUUUCCAAUACUGUGACAGAGAAUAUUACGAGAGGGAAAGGAAAGGAGAGAUUGAUGACAAUUGUACCAAGAUUUUCUGCCAGUGUGGUACUUCAAAUUGAUACCCUUUUAGAUGGGCUUUGUUUAAAAAGAGUAUAGUACCGUCAAUAUACUAUACGAUGAUAAACUUGUAUUUGUACCGCUGGUCAUGGGGUUGUGUGUUAUAGAGGCCAUGAAAUGACAAACACACUCAUGCAGGUGUUAACUCUAUUCCAAGUCAUCUUCUCAAUCCCACAUGAAGUCAGAGUUUGUGUGUGUGGUUGUAGUGAGGGAAUUUAAGUAUAAAUUCUUGACUAUUGUAAUCAACGGUGAAAACGUCUUUUUUCGAAGCCCUUUGUCCACGGCUCACUUGCAUAUUGAGAUUUGGGCAAUCUGUUUUUGUUUCCGAAAAACGCCGGUCUAUAACCAUGUACAAACACAUAGACCAAAAGGUGAACCCAAAAGAAAUGGAUUAAAAAAAAUCAGUUAUGGUUAGUCAUUUCAAUACGUUUACAGGAGUCUAUGAAAUAUCUUCUGACCCCUUUACACACAUUACUGUAUCGCCAGUUUUCUUAUGUGAUAUCCGAGAAAAAAAGGAGACAUGAAAUUAAGUGGAAUUUCAGAAAAUGCAACACUGUGAAAAAAAAGUGCACAGAGGCGACCUUGCACUCCCGUACACCACGUUUAUACGAAGGCCUUGCCCCCUUAACGCCAUAUAAGGUGUCCCAUAUUUCCGAGCUUCCUGUAGAACCGCCCCUCAUUUAUGCCAAUCACACUCCCCAUCAAGGUUCCUCAUUAAGGAACUCUUUAACGAGAGUUCAUCAGAUAAUUGACCAUUUACGUUUUCGAUAUUUCCGUUUUUUUUUCAUGGACUGAUUGCGUUAACGGUUAUAGAAUUCACCAUUCGUUCAAGUAAAAAUAGUCUUUUUUUUUUCUUUUGGUCUGGGAGCUGGUCUGUCCGUCAGUCCGUUGUGAGUCUUAACGUCUCUUGUUUUGUAGAACACCUGCUUUGUGGCCAGUUCUCUGAGGACCCAAUAGACCCUUUGGGGGUGGGGUUCGGGGGGUUGAUUGAUCCAUUGGGGUGUAACCAGGGGGAAAGACACCAGCAUUGUGUAUAGAAAUAUAUUAUAUAUAUAGAAAUAUAUAAGAUAUACACACACCACAACCUGUAAAGUGUAAGAAUGAGAGCAGAAUCACCUUGUAUUUAUUUGUCGAAAAUCCUCCAAAGUAGGCUACAAAACUGGAAGGAAAUCUCCAAAAACUUGCUGUCUCAAGAAAACGUACAUUUAAAAUAUUUCAAGUGAUCAAUCUAGAUGAUGAGCAAUAAUAAAACAUACAAAAACCCUGUAAUCUAAAAUGAAUAAAAAUGUAAAAAUUG